AUGUUUGCAACACUUGUUUCAAUGGCGGAUUUUGCAAUUAUGGAUUUUGAGAAAGAUGUUUUCGGCAAUGUUGUUAAGGAAUCUUUUUAUGGUGAAUGGUAUCUUUCAGGAAAUACCUUUACAACAACAAUUAAUCAAACCACUCAAAUUUCCAUUAGUAUGACAUUCUCUCAAUAUCCACAACUAUAUUCAUUUGCUGGACUCCUUAUUCCAUUUGGAAAUGGAACUGUUGCCUUAGAAGUUGGUGUUUCCAAUUGGACUUUCUCUAGUGCUCUUAACUCUUUGAAUGUAAAUUUCAAUCAAUACUCACUCUGGUCAGACACUUAUGACACCUGCUUGGGUACUUCCGUUCCAACUAAAUAUAGCACUAUGUUUAAUGGAUCAAUGCUACCAAAUACCUUGAUGGAAACCCCGGAAGCUUAUCUUUUUAUCGAGACCAUUAAUGCUGGAGUCGUUGAUGGAAGAGUUGUCCAAUAUGGUAUCACACAAACCAACAAUCAAACUUGGAGUUUGGUAAUCCCUUUUUUCAUUAAUAACUCACAAUCACUAAUAAUGGCAGCCGGUUAUGAGAAGUAUCGUGAUUGUGGUAGUACUACAGCAUCACUAACAACAACAACAACAACAUCAUCAUCAUCAGCUAUAACAGGUAUGAUAACAUCAUUACCAAUAACAUCAUCACCAACAACAUUACCCGUAACAUCAUAUACAACCUACUCUACAACCGUACAACCAACAACUACAUUCACCACUUAUUAUCCGACUACAACAACAUCAACAGGAGGAUCAGGUGAACCUAGUAAUAAUGUUACCACUAGUACCACGACAUCGUCAGAUGAUUACUCCACAACAACCAUAACCACCACAUUCAGACAGGACAAUGACUUGACUGUUAUUACCGAAACCAAAACCGUUUCCGAUAGUUCAAUGACCGAAACAACUACAGUGACAUCAGUUCUCAGAAGAUAUGGUCCAUCGACAGUAACAACAACUAUUACAGCAACCAUAGGUUCACAGACAACCACCAACACUAUUGUAGAGAGAAGAAAUCUAAGACUAAACAUCAACCAAGAUAAUUUUGAGAUUAUCGAUGAUGGUAUAGCAGAACCCUCUAGCUCUUCUACAAUUCAGAUUCUCUCUCUUUCAUCUAUUGUUUCUUUUAUUGUUAUACUAUUAUUGUGGGCGAUGUUCGGAAUUUUAUCUACUCUUUUCAAUGUAUCUUUUGCCGUUCUAGUACGUUGUGGAAUUGGUUUUUGUGAAACAGAACCAGGUCAAUGUAGAAAGUAUAAUGGAUGUGUAAACAAUAGAGGAUGUGUUUACUCUGAUAAAGUUUGUACUACUCCAGACGUAUGUUCAGUUUCAACCGGUUGCAAUGCUACCAUAGAUCAAUGUAUUUUUGCACCAACUGUCUGUGAUGAUAGUAUAGCAUGUACUGACAACUCAUGUGAUCCAGUUAACGGAUGCACAUACACUCCAAACAAUUCAUUAUGUGAAGACAAUAAUCCAUGCACAAUUAAUGUUUGUACCAGCACUGGAUGUCAAACAACUCAAGUUUCCUGUCCACCUGCCAAAUUUUUAGAUCUCCUUGGUUUGGGAUUACUUUGCUAUCCACAAAUUUGUAGUGCUUCUACCGGUGGUUGUAUCCGUGAUCCAAACGCUGCUCCAUUACCAAAUUUAUUAUGUCUUUAA